CUGCGGUGGAGUCUUUCUGCAGUUGUCCUGUUUUUCCACCCCGGGUUUGAAUUAUAAGCAGAUAAAGGGCUUCUUUUGUGGAUCAGACUUUAAGGUUUUUAUAUUGAUUAUUGAUUAAUCUGAGCUCGCGCAGCAGAGAGCGAAGAAACGGGAUGAAAUAUUUCACCAGACUGAGAGUCAGGAGGGUUUACAGGUGGCUCGGAGAGCCGCGGAGCUUCAAUAGGAAGUUAAAGACUUAUGAAUAUCGCUCUUUGGCCAUCAGUGUGGAGGGUCUCCCGAGGACCACGGUCAUUAACACGGGCCAACACAUCCUCAUCGAGGGAGAAGAUGAAGACAACCCGUACGUGGCCAAAGUCAUCCGGCUGUUCGGAGACGAGAGCGGGAAGCAGAAGAAGGCCGUGGUUCAGUGGUUUGCUCGCGUGUCUGAAGUGCCUUUGGGCAAACUGAAGCUGCUGGGCAGAGAGCCGCACCCGCAGGAGAUCUUCUACUAUGAGGGCCGCAGCUGCGACGACGAGGUCGACGCCGAGUCCAUCCUCAGACCUGUGCAGGUGAAGCACCUGGAUGGAGCAGCUCCGUUCCCGGACUCUGGCGAUAAAGACGCUCUGUACGUGAAGCUUUCCUGGGACUCCAAGACCUUCAAAGUGGUGGACUCUGCCCCGGCUUCCUCCCCUCCUCCCUGUCCCAAAACCUCCCUCCCACCUUCUCCACCCUGCUCCCCUCCUGCAGCGGCACCAGCGUCUCGAGGCCCCUCUCGACGCGCCCUGCCGACUCCGGACCUCGCCGUCAUGCGCAGGGCCGCGACUGGUGAAGUGAGACAUAGCAGGGCCACCGUGAGCGCCGGGAAGGCCGGCCCUGCGGAAGCUGAGUCUCUGCACUCCGCCACCAAACUCUCGGCCUCAAAAUGCCUGAGCGCCAGGAGGAGGAACAGCUCGGCCAGGACGCCCGGCGUCCGCAAGAAGCUGGAGCUCAGCAGUCCGGAGAAGAAGUCGAUGAUCGGUGAGGACGUCCAGCUGCAGGAUGAGGAGCUGGAGUCGGAAGUGGAGUUGGCUGACAGGCUAUCGUCCUCUCCUCCCCUGGUCCUGUCCCACCGGCUCACCCCACUCAGGAAGGCCCACAGACCCCCCGUCGCUCGGGACGCGUUCCCCCUGAAGCCCAUCUUCAACAAACGGUCUGCCCCUGAGGCGGACAGUCCUCCGUCGUCUGCCGGAGACGACUCCACCAGACUCACUGGGGGCUCUUCCAGGGAGCUGUUGGAUAAAAGUCCUCAGCAGGGUGACGUGAUGGAGACAGGGUUACCGACCGGCUCGGUUAGGACACCCAGAAGAAGAAACGCCACGCCGAGGAGAAAGUCAGAGAGUCAGAAAGCUACCACUCCUUCUCGGAAAAAAGAACCGAAAACCCUGAGGGAACCGGCCCUGGGAGUACUCGCUGAAGAGGAACAUGAGAAUUCUCCGAUGCUGCCGGUCACCACCACACCGAGGAGCUCUAAGAGGAAGUCGGCCCAGCUGGUGUCGUCUCGCAUCAGAAAACAGCUGAAUCUUCUGGACAACCAGCUGGACCUGAACUCGGACGGCGAAGACGAGGACGAGUUUGUUCCCUCCAAGAAGGAGCUGCGGAGCAGCAGCGAGGACGAUGAUGAUGGGGAAGAGGAGGCGGGGCUGGAUAGUGACGAAGAAGUGGUGUCGAAAAAGGGCAGACAUGCAGCUGCAGGGUCUCGUACUCCUCGUUCAAAGCAGAGAACUCGCUCCUCGACCAGAACGCCACGAAAAACUCCCAACAGAAAGGUCACACCCGGCACGCCACGGACUCCUCAUCGCGCCACUCCCAGCAUCCCCAGCAGGUCGCUACCAGCGCGACAGCCGGCUAAUGUUCUGGAGGAGGCCAGAACGAGGCUGCACGUGUCCGCCGUGCCGGAGUCUCUGCCCUGCAGAGAGCAGGAAUUCCAGGACAUCUACAGCUUCGUGGAGAGCAAGAUCAUAGAUGGCACGGGAGGGUGUAUGUACAUCUCAGGUGUGCCGGGCACAGGGAAGACGGCCACAGUCCACGAGGUGAUGCGCUGUCUGCAGCACGCGGCAGACGUGGACGAGAUCCCUCCUUUCCACUUCAUCGAGAUCAAUGGGAUGAAGAUGACGGAUCCUCAUCAGGCCUAUGUCCAGAUCCUGCAGAAACUGACGGGUCAAAAGGCCACGGCCGACCACGCAGCCGCCCUGCUGGAGAAGAGAUUCAGCAACCCUGCACCCAGGAAGGAGACCACCGUGCUGCUGGUGGAUGAAUUGGACCUGUUGUGGACCAGGAAGCAGAACGUGAUGUACAACCUGUUCGACUGGCCGACGCGGCGUCACGCUCGCCUGGUGGUGCUGACCAUCGCCAACACCAUGGACCUGCCGGAGAGGAUCAUGAUCAACAGAGUGGCCAGCAGACUGGGUUUGACCAGGAUGUCGUUCCAGCCGUACAGCUUCAAGCAGCUGCAGCAGAUCAUCAUGUCCAGGCUGAACAAGGUGAAGGCCUUCGAGGAGGACGCUCUCCAGCUGGUGUCCAGGAAGGUUGCCGCUCUGUCGGGCGACGCUCGCCGGUGUUUGGACAUCUGUCGCAGGGCAACGGAGAUCUGCGAGCACUCGGCCGCCGUCCCUUCUGCCCCAGGAUUGGUGGGAAUGAGUCACGUGAUGGAGGCGCUGAACGAGAUGUUCUCCUCCGCCUACAUCACUGCCAUCAAGUGUGCGUCAGUGCAGGAGCAGCUCUUCCUCAGGGCGGUCAUCUCUGAGUUUCGGCGGCUGGGAUUGGAGGAGGCCACCUUCCAACAGGUGUUUGUGCAGCACCAGGCUCUGUGUCGGGUGGAGGGCCUGCAGCCCAUCAGCGUGUCGGAGGGCCUGGCGGUGUGUCAGCGCCUGGGAGCCUGCAGGCUGCUGCUGCUGGAGCCCAGCCGCCUGGGGGUCCUGCAACGCAUCCGCAUCAACGUGAGCCAGGACGACGUGCUCUACAGCCUGAAGGCCGACUGAAGGAGGAUCCUCUUCAGACUAAUUUAUCCGGAUCACGUGAGGAAUUUAACCGGCCGAGUGCGGGCACACAGCUUCGAGUUUUUAAACAUUAAAAUGACUUUGUGUGAUAACGACAGAAAUCACACUCUUAGUUAUUUUAUGACUCCGUGAAACGGUAAAGGCAAAUAUUGGGAGUACUUGACCUAAAUUAAUUUUACUGCAAAGUUCGAUUGAAUGUCUUUUUUUUCUCCAUAAAUCAGGCUGUUUGUCUUGUUUUAGGUGUUUUUGUAUGUCCCCAGUUACGUCUUACGUCAGUCAAGUCUUACUACUACUACUACUACUAACAGUAGAUUUUGCUCUGUCUGGAAUUAUUUUUAACGUUCUUGUAUAGUGCAUCUUAAUUUUAAUGUUCCAAUACUUUGAAUAUGCAAUAAAACUCUUUAGUUUAAACCGCCCU